GCAGAAGGUCUCUACCGCCGAGCCUUGGAAGGCGGCGAGUCCCAACUGGGAGCCCAACACCCCGACACCCUCGUUUGGGUGCACAACUUGGCCGAUCUCUUGUACAAACAGGGCAAGUUGGAGGAGGCGGAGGAGCUCUUUCGCAGGGCCCUGACGGGGCGAGAAGGUCAGCUGGGCCCCGUGCAUCCGGACACCCUCGGAUCCGUACGGGGUCUGGCGAUUCUUCUGGAGGUGAAAGGCUCCGUUGCAGAGGCAGGGCAGCUUUAUCUCCGCGAGCUGCGUGGCCUGGAGGAGCUGCAUGGUCCGGAGCACGAAAAGACCCGAGCGGGUCGCCGUAACCUGGAGCGAUUCCAACGACAGCACGGGCCAAUUGAUUAA